UUGGACCGUGGGGAAAGCUUCAAUAAGCUCUCAGAUCUUAAUAACCACAGUGGAGAAAAACCCUCUCAAUCCCUCGAGUGCGGGAAAUGUUUCAUUGCGAAGACACAAAUAAUUAGACAUCAGUUAAGCCACACAGGGGAUAGACCCCACAAGUGCUUGGAGUGCGGGAAAAGAUUCAUACGAAGGUCAGUCCUUGUUCAACAUCAGGCAAUACACAGAGGAGAGAGACUCCACAAGUGCUUGGACUGUGGGAAAAGUUUCAUACGAAGGUCACACCUAGAUCGUCAUCAGGCAUUACACACAGGAGCAAGGCCCCAGAAGUGCUUGGACUUAGGGAAAAGUUUCAUACAAAGAUCAAACCUUGUUCAACAUCAGGCAAUCCACACAGGAGAACGACCCCACAAGUGCUUGGCCUGUGGGAAAACUUUCAUAACAAGGUCACACCUAGUUCGUCAUGAGGCAAUCCACACAGGAGAGAGACCCCACAAGUGCUUGGACUGUGGGAAAAGUUUCAUAAGAAGGUCACACCUAGUUCGUCAUCAGGCAAUCCACACAGGAGCGAGACACCACAAGUGUAUGGAGUGUGGGAAAAGUUUCUUACAAAGGUCCAACCUUGUUAAGCAUCAGGCAAUCCACACAGGAGAGAGUCCCCACAAGUGCUUGGACUGUGGGAAAAGUUUCUUACAAAGGUCAAACUUUGUUUAUCAUCAGGCAAUCCACACAGGAGAGAGACCCCACAAGUGUAUGGAGUGUGGGAAAAGUUUCAUACAAAGGUCAGAUUUUGUUUAUCAUCAGGCAAUCCACACAGGAGAGAGACCUCACAAGUGCUUGAAGUGUGGGAAAAGUUUCAUACGAAGGUCAGAUUUUGUUUAUCAUCAGAGAAUCCACAGAGGAGAGAGACCCCACAAGUGCUUGGAGUGUGAGAAAAGUUUCAUAAGAAGACCACACUUAGUUCGUCAUCAGGCAUUACACACAGGAGCGAGACAGCACAAGUGCUUGGAGUGUGGGAAAUGUUUCAUAAGAAGGUCACACCUUGUUCAACAUCAGGCAAUCCACACAGGAGAGAGACCCCACAAGUGCUUGGACUGUGGGAAAAGUUUCAUAAGCAGGUCACACCUUGUUCAACAUCAGAGAAUCCACACAGGAGAGAGACCCCACAAGUGCUUGGAAUGUGGGAAAAGUUUCAUAAGAAGGUCACAGCUCGUUUAUCAUCAGGCAAUCCACACAGGAGAGAGACCCCACAAGUGCUUGGACUGUGGGAAAGGUUACAUACAAAGGUCACGCCUUAUUCAACAUCAGGCAAUCCACGCAGGAGAGACUCCAGAGGUGCUUGGACUGCGGGAAAAGUUUCAUAUAGGGGUCUGACCUCAUUAAACAUGGAAAGAUCCACACAGGAUUUAAACUUCUGUGACACAUGGAAAGAAAAGAUUAAGCAACUUGCAUGUAAUUCACUCAGAUUCAACUUUGAGAGAGAGAAUUUAAAAGUGUGUCCACCUUAGUAAGCUAGAUUUUGACAUGUAAAUGUGUAUUUUGAAAGACUUGGAAGAAGAGGGCAAGUCGUGUUUGAGUAACCUAAUUGCCUUCUAUGAGGAGAUAACUGGCUCUGUGGAUGAGGGAAAAGCAGUGGAUGUGUUAUUCCUUGACUUUUGAGCUCUAUAAGUAGGGGCAUUGCCAGGAGAUUGAGGGACGUGAUCAUUCCCCUCUAUUCGACAUUGGUGAGGCCUCCUCUGGAGUAUUAUGUCCAGUUUUGGGCCCCACACUACAAGAGGGAUGUGGAAAAAUUGGAAAGAGUCCAGCAGAGGGCAGGAAAAAUGAUUACGGGUUGGAGCACAUGGACUCAUGAGGAGAGGCUGAGAGAACGGGGAUUGUUUAGCAUACAGAAGUGAAGAAAGAUUGGGGAUUUGGUAGCUGCUUUCAACUACCUGAAAGGGUUCCAAAGAGGAUGGAUCUAGACUGUGCUCAUUAGUACCAGAUGACAGAACAAGGAGUAAUGAUCUCAAAUUGGGUGAGGAAAGUUUAGGCUGGGUAUUAGAAAAAUCUUUUUCACUAGGAGGGUGGUGAAGCACCGAAAUGGGUUACGUAGGGAGGUGAUGGAAUCUCAUUCCUUAGAGGUUUUUAAGGCCAGGCUUGACAAAGCUCUGGCUGGGAUGAAUUAGUUGGGGUUGGUCCUGCUUUGAGCAGGGGGUUGGAGUAGAUACCUCCUGAGGUCCCUUCCAACCCUGAUAUUCUAUGAUUCUAAGAGGGGUAACUGUAGUAGUCUAUGUUUAGCUAUCCAAAGAGUUCCUGUAUUCUGUUAAAUCAGGGAUCAAUAAUUGAGAGAUUAUACCCGUCAGCCAUGCCACCUUCCCAAUUCAAGCUCAGUGUCAUUGAAUUCGCUCAGGGUAGGGGCUGAAGGAUGGAGGGAAUGUUUAUAGCUGAAAUCACCAAAAUGUGUUUUGCGAGGUUAGUGUUAAUCGGAUCUGUUCCGUUCUCCUGCUCGGACAUUUUCUGCGGGGAUCCCGGAGACGGAAAGGAGCAGGUGUUACCAUCUUGGCUACCAAUCCCCACGGUGACUCUCUACACUAGCAAUUCUCAAACUCUGGGAAGGGCCUCCCAAUGCAGGCUCAGGAAUGUGUCAAGGGGGACGUGAUCAGUGUGGGUUGUUUGUUUUUUAAAGAGCACUGGCUGUCGGCCCCAGGUGGUUGGGGCUCAUGAAGAAGGAACAGGCCCAUCUGGGAGAUGGGGAUAAAUGCUCAGGCUCUCAAACCCAGGUGGAGCAGCAGCACAGAAGCAGGUGUCAAUGGGGUGAUAAGUCUGCUGUGAACAGCGAUAUUGAGGAACAUCACUUUUCACGUGGCCUCCCUCACUUCUGUGCUGCUGUUGGAGGACUUCAGAGCUGUGACCUUCACCAGCAAUUGCUCUGCCAUUAGAGCUGGGUGGCGAUAUAUGUGCUUGUGAGGGUGCGGGCGUAAUGACCAAAGACACAAAGAAUCUGGGGCGGUGGGUGGCUGAUGAAACGCAUUUGAGAACCACUGGUCUACACUAUUAUGGUCACCACAUUUACAAAGUGAUAAAUCUUCUCCAAAUUAUGUCUUGUGAGGUAUCAUAGGGAAAGAUAUCGCCUGCUGAAUAUUAUUGUUCCAUUAAAAUGUGUCUAUCCGCACUGUCCAUGGAGCUCGGAGAGUUUGCUGUAUGUUUGUUACAUGCUGUAAAGCUGGAAAACGCCCACAGAGGAGCUCCCCAGAGACAGUGGCACCUGCACACCAGCUAGGUGCUAAGUGGCCAGUAAUUGCUCAGCCGGCCCUUCACCAGCUGUGGAGCUGGGAACAAGAGCGUUAUAGUUCACCAGAACGACGGCUGGGUGCUCAAUUAGUCCACAGACUGAUUGUCGCCUGCCCCCUGGCUGGGGGGUAAACCUCAAAGAGGAGAGUGGUACAAAAGCUCUAGGGAGAAUUGCCUCCAUUUUUACCUCUCCUCCCAUCUUUACAGAAGGCAAGAAUCCGCCUUGAAAGGCAACAGGGGCCGUGGAGUGGGGAGGACGGACCAAGGCUGGAAGGAAUCCAGCCUGGGAACUCAGAACUGUGAACUGCCUGCAACAGUUCUAGUUUUAGAACUGUGAACUGCAAUUUUCUAGUUUUAACCAGUUCUGACCUUUGACAUCCUUCUCCCUUGUAAUUCCUGAAAACCCCCUUGCUCCAGUUAGUAAAGUGGUUUUAGUGUUU